ACUUGACCAGUUGUGUCUCAACAUGACUAUUGCAGGAUAACCAAGCUUGUACUCAUAUAUUAGAAGUAAAGAAAAAUCAUAACAAAAAGAACAUGGUCUUGAAGGUGUCAAACAUAUGAGCAAUUCCUAAAGUGUAAAUUACAUAUCUUAUUGGACAAGUGCAUAAAGACACUUCCAGAGAAGCAGUGCUGAAACCAUCUCGGAUAAGCUUGCCAGCAGUUCAGCAUGCCUGAGUGUAAAAUAUAUGCAACAUUCCUUGCACUACAAAAACAAAACUUUUUGCUUUUUCAGCAUGAGUUGUCUUUUGCCUCCACGCCUAUAAAUAGCAUUUCAAAGGUCAGAAUUCAUAAGUAGCUGUUAACAAAAGCUGAGAAGACAGUCAUCCAUCAUACUUCUUUGCCUCUGCAAUGGAAAAUAAUCAUGCAUGUCCACCACCGAGCAAGGGAAACCUGAUCACAAUAUUGAGUAUCGAUGGUGGUGGGGUUAAGGGUAUCAUCCCUGGUACCUUCCUUGCAUUCCUUGAGUCUAAACUUCAGGAGCUUGAUGGGAGCAACGCACGCAUAGCUAACUACUUUGAUGUCAUCGCUGGCACAAGCACAGGUGGUCUUAUUACUGCUAUGCUAGCAGCACCAUCACUGAACAAUGCUAAGCAACCAUGCUAUGAGGCCAAGGAUAUUGUGCCAUUCUACCUCAAACAUAGUCCUCGCAUCUUUCCAUGCAGAACUGGAAUUUUGGGCUGGUUCUUCAAGAUCCUGCAAAUAAUUAAGAUGAUAAUUGGGCCAAAAUAUGAUGGAAAGUACCUGCACAAAAUGACCAAUGAUUUGCUGGGCGAUACGAGAUUGAAAGAAACAUUGACAAAUGUUGUUGUUCCUACUUUUGAUGUUAAGUGCGUAAAGCCAACAAUAUUCAGCACAUUCAAGGCGAGAUCUGAUACCUUGAUGAAUGCUCGUCUUGGUGAUGUGUGUAUUGGCACAUCUGCAGCACCAACAGUUCUCCCCGCACACUAUUUUGAAACUGUGGAUUAUCACACUGGUUCAUCACGUAGCUUCAACAUUAUUGAUGGGGGUCUCGCUGCAAACAAUCCGACUUUGGUGGCAAUGGGUGAGAUAACAGAACAGAUCAGACAGAAGAGCAAGGAAUUCCCUGAGACCAAGCCCUUGGACUAUCAUAGAUAUCUGGUAGUAUCGUUAGGCACAGGUCUUCCAGAGCAAGACAUCAAAUUUGAUGCGUGUCGUGUUGCCAAGUGGGGCAUUUUUGGAUGGUUUGGCCGGGAGAAUACCAUGCCUUUGCUGCAAAUGUUCUUACAUGCUAGCUCAGACAUGACUGAUAGUUAUGUUGCGGACCUUUUCAAAGCAAUUGGGUGCUCAGACCAACUGCUGCGUAUUCAGGACCGCAACAUACCAAUAGGGGCUGUGCCAGCCGACCUCUCAACGGAGAAGAAUCUUCAAGGGCUGGUUAAGAUUGGAGAAAACCUUCUGCAUAAGCCACUAAGCAAGGAUGAUUAUAAGAUCAACUACAUCGAGACAGUGCCGAAAGAUAGCCGUGCUCUAACCUAUGCUGGUAUGCUCACACAGUUUGCAAAGCUCCUUUCUGAUGAGAGGAAGCUUAGGCUUCAGAACAUGGAACUGGAUGACGGUAGCAAAUCCUGAAUCUUGAGGUCUUCUGAAGGCAUACUCCCUCCAUCUUAGGAGUUGGUGUAUAUUACUAUCAGCUGUUGUGUCAUGUGUGUAUGGCAAGUUGUGAGUGCGUAAAUGGUAAUUGGCAAAGUGAUAUGGACAAAAUAACUUUGUGAAUAAGUUCUGAUGGUUGCAUUGCUUGGAGCCCUGUAAAUGGACAAAAUCUAAUGCCCUGGUGUCUGGUUGUCUAGCUGUGUGUAAUGUGAGUACUAUGUAUGGUAUGGUGAGUUGGUGUAUCUGCAUCUUAGGCAGUAAAUAAUGUAUUGCUUGUGUAUUGAAAAUAAAGUUUAUUAUGUGACUAUUCAGCAGUCCA